CCCCUUCCCUCGUCAAAACCCAAUCCAAUUCCAAACCCCUCGCCUCGCUGUUCGACAGCUACCUCCGCCCCUUCUCCUUCGCGGCCAACCACCUCUCCCCUCGCCACCCAUGGCCACCGCAGCGCGCGCCAUCGCCUCAGCGGUACGCCCGGCGCGGCCGCUUCUCCUGUCGCGGCGCCUCCCGUCCCCCUCCGUUCGGCCCCCGCAGCCUCUCGGCGGCGGCGGAGGUGGAACUGGGUCCGUCCGCUGCAUGGCGUGGCGGCCCAACUCCUCCUACUCGCCGCUGCGGUCGGGGCAGGGCGGGGAACGCGCGCCGACGGAGAUGGCGCCGCUGUUCCCCGGGUGCGACUACGAGCACUGGCUCAUCGUCAUGGAUAAGCCAGGCGGCGAGGGCGCAACCAAGCAGCAGAUGAUUGAUUGCUACAUCCAGACCCUCGCCAAGGUCGUGGGGAGUGAGGAGGAGGCGAAGAAGAGGAUGUAUAACGUGUCCUGCGAGCGCUACUUUGGUUUCGGAUGCGAGAUUGAUGAGGAGACAUCCAACAAGCUUGAAGGCCUUUCAGGUGUUCUUUUUGUGCUUCCUGACUCUUAUGUUGAUGCUGAGAACAAGGACUAUGGUGCUGAGUUAUUUGUGAACGGUGAAAUCGUUCAGCGAUCACCAGAGAGGCAAAGAAGGGUGGAGCCGGUGCCUCAGAGAGCUCAAGACAGACCCCGGUACAGUGACCGGACUCGCUAUGUGAAACGGAGGGAGAACCAGUCUUACCGGCGAUGAUGUUUCCAUUUCUUUUCUUGAGACAGAAGAUGUCGUCGUUUCAACAAGUCUCUAAAUGCAAUGCAGGAGAUAUAGCAGCAACUCCCACAAACCACACGAGAAUGGCCCCAUUGUGUUUUCUGCGCUUUGUAACCUUGCAUGUUUAUGCAUUUGGACCUGUAUCUCUAGUCUAUAUGAACUCGAUGAAUGUUUCUAGCUGAGCGGAUGAGUUUGACGUCUCCUCUGUCUCCCUCUCA